GGGAGGCGGGAACGGGACAGUUGCUUUCUUCAUUGAAUAAUCUAAAUAAUUAAUACGAAGUGGUGUUUUGUGGUUAAUGAUCGCAUUAAGUUAGUCGGAAGACAUUCGCGAGUGUUAUUAUAUUGGAGUAUUCAAUAAACAAAGUGUAUCUGCCUAUUUUCGCUUCGUGUCAGGAAGCCGCUUCAUAACUCAAAAGUUUAUGCGGACUUUUGAGUUAAUUCGUUUGGGGUUCGGAGUAGGAGUCUACUCCGAGGGUGGGGGCUUAGGUUUCAUCAUCAUCACCUUUCAUCAUUUCAUUAAUCAUCAAGAAAAAAAAUACGUCAGACAUGGCUGUAUGGGCAUAGUUCCCUUUGCCUUACCCUUCGGGGAAAACCAAACCAAAAAAAAAAAAAAUGUUAUUGCAUGUGUUUUUACAAGCAUAAUUAUUAAACAAAAUAAUUAUUAAUUCCUUGUCUUUUACAAUAAAUAACGUUUUUUUUAGGUAAUUAGUUUUAUAAUACUACAGCACAAUGCCUGUACUGUGUAGAACAGGUUGUGGAAAGAACGCAGUUUUAAAGCGACCGAAAACAGGUGACGCGCUGUGCAGAGAAUGCUUCUUCUGGGCGUUUGAGACGGAAAUCCACUACACUAUUACAGAAGGAGAAUUAUUCAAAAGAGGCGACUCGGUCGCUAUUGGUGCGUCUGGUGGCAAAGACUCGACAGUUCUCGCGUACGUUAUGAAAACAUUGAACCAGAGAUACGACUACGGUUUGAAUUUGCUGUUGCUGUCUAUUGACGAAGGAAUAACGGGCUACAGAGAUGACAGUUUAGAAACAGUAAAACAAAACCGAGAUGACUAUGAAAUGCCGCUGAAAAUUCUUUCAUACAAAGACUUAUAUGGUUGGACUAUGGAUGAGAUUGUAGCCCAAAUUGGCAGGAAAAACAACUGCACUUUUUGUGGUGUGUUUAGACGUCAAGCUUUAGACCGUGGUGCUGCCAUGCUUGGGGUGAAGUGUAUAGCAACGGGGCAUAAUGCUGAUGAUAUUGCAGAGACAGUGCUCAUGAAUGUGCUUAGAGGAGAUAUAGCCCGAUUGAAAAGAUGUACUGCAAUAAGGACUGGUAGUGAAGGCAGCAUACCUCGGGUGAAACCGUUAAAGUACACAUAUGAGAAGGAAAUAGUAAUGUAUGCUCACUACAAGAAAUUAGUAUACUUCUCCACAGAGUGUGUGUUUGCGCCGAAUGCUUACAGAGGACAUGCCCGAGCCCUCCUUAAAGAUAUGGAGAAAAUUAGACCUUCUUGUAUUAUGGAUAUAAUUUAUUCAGGUGAAACCAUGGAAGUGAAGGAGGAAGUCUCCCUACCAGCUCAGAGAAUAUGUACCAGAUGUAAUUUUGUAUCAUCACAGGCUGUAUGCAAAGCUUGUGUGUUAUUGGAAGGAUUAAACAAAGGCCUCCCUCGACUUGGCGUCGGCAAGAGUUCCAAAGCUAAGAAGAUGCUUGAAGAAUAUAAUGCUAAGAACGAAAACUCUUUAGAAUUGGCUGUAAAAGAAUUAGACAUAGAUACAGACAGUUGUAAGUAUAAGGGAAAGCCCUGUCGAACAGGACUAUGUAGAAGUAAGAAAGAAAAUGUACAAAGCAAUGCAAAUAAUGAACAGAAAUGCAGCACAGAAUGUACAGGAAAUUGCAAUAAUAAAACAAGUAAUGGAGAAGUUAGUAAUGCCAAAAUAAAUAAUUUGCUGCAGGAGUAUGGAAUAGAGGAGUCCAAGUCUAUAGAACAUAAUAAAGAGAGUUUAAAUAAUGGUACAGAGGAGGAUUCAGAUGUAGAAGUUAUAAAUGAAGAUGAUGAAAAUACCUGCGCAGGCGCAUGUGGCGGCUCUGUUAUAAGCUUCUAGUUGAACCACAUGUAUCCAGGUCCAGUGGUUGAGCGUUGGACUCACGAUUCGGAGGCCCUGGGUUCGAGUCCCGGUGGGGACAUAUCACAAAAAUCACUUUGUGAUCCCUAGUUUGGUUAGGCCAUUACAGGCUGAUCUCCUGAGUGUCCGAAAGUAAGAUGAUCUCUGCUUCGGAAGGCACGUUAAGUUGUUGUUCCCGGUUACUAUUUACUGAUGUAAGUGAGUAAUCAUUACAUGAGCCAUGUCAGGGGCCUUUGGCAGCUCAAUCACAACCCUGACGCCAGGGUUGAUGAGGUUGGUAUUCCACCUCUAAGAUAAGAAGAAGAAGAAGCACUUUCCUAUGCUUCUAUCCUUUUCUGUUACUCAGUUACAUAGCGUCAUUUGCUAAUUUGAGACGAAGGGUUUUUCGCUCUCAGGAUAUCGCCGCCUAGAGUUGAGUAUUUUCAAAUGUCCUUGAUCUUUGAAUUUUUCAGGUAACAUCUAUCUAGACUUAUUUCCUCAAUUUCAUUCAAAUGUUGUUUGAUGUCAACCCAUUUGUCAAUAAUAUCUUAGGGUAAUGGUGUGCCCCAUUUU